ACUUGGUAUGGUAAAGCACAACAGAGCGGCUGUGAAAAUGGCAGCUGAGGAAUCCGUCGACGGUCCAUAUUACCUCGAAAAAGUUGUGAUUCCAGAGGACUCCGAGGAUGAAUAUACAUACGACGAAGUGUCUGUCGACGACGAAUACAGCAUAACUGAGGGGGAAGAGGACUUGGAAACUGUCGUUAAAGCAGCACGGGAUCAAACCGAAUGCACAACACAGAGUGUCAGUUCAGCCAAACAUCCAGUUCCUAAAAUACCUGAGGUGGUGGACGACUUUCUCCGCAAUUAUCUGGUAAAAAUGGGCAUGAAAAGAACACUAGACUGCUUCCAGACAGAGUGGUUUGAGAUGAUACACAAAGGCUUAAUUAAAACAGACCAAAUGGAAUUCGUGCCUGAUGCCUAUACACACAACCAGCUCCUGGACAAUGAGCUAAAAAACACUGAAAGAGAGCGGGAUAGCUAUAAACAGGCUGCAUUUGAAGCUGGAGAAACCAUUGUAAAGCUCCAAAGAGAGAGAGACUUCCACAGGAUGCAGCACAAGCGUGUUGUUCAAGAGAAGAAUAGACUUAUUGAGGACAUAAAAAAGCUGAAGAAACACUACGCAUCCUACGAGCCUUCUCUUAGACAGCUAAACGAUAAGUAUCAGACAGCUGUGAGGCAGAAGAUGCUGGUUACUCUGGAGAGAGACAAAGUGUUCAGCCAGGUUCAGAACCUAGACUCUCUACGUACCACGCAGUCUUGCCCAGGAAGUCGAACAGCUCUAAAAGCUGCACAGGAAAGAGAAAAAACCCAGAAAGGAGCACACCCGCCAUGUGACAACGAUGCUAUAAAAGACCCCAACAAGAACACAAAACAUCCUAAGGAUUCGGAAUUCCCAGCCAGCACUCGCGUCAAUCCCUACUUGCCUCAAAUCAAAGCUUUGUCUUCUGUCAACACCAAAUCAGCCAACUUCUCUCUCUCAAAGUCUUUUAAAGCACACACAAUGGCAGUAAGUUUCCUCGCUCUCCAUCCCCGUAAAAUGAUAGUAGCCUCCUCAAGUGAUGACCAGCUUUGGAGAUUAUGGGGAAUACCCGAGGGAGACAUGAUCAUGACCGGCGAGGGUCACACUGAUUGGCUCUCAUCCUGUAGUUUCCAUCCCAGUGGUGGUUACCUGGGUACCACAAGCGGGGACGCCACAGUUAAAAUUUGGGACUUUGCUCAAGGUCGAUGCAUGCUCACUUUGGAGGGACACAUCCACGCCACCUGGGCCUGUUCCUUCCAUUCCUGUGGUGAUUUUGUGGCCUCUUGUUCUAUGGAUAACACUGCUAAAGUGUGGGACUUGAAUAGCGAGCGUUGCCGCUGCACUCUGCGUGGACAUGUCGACUCGGUGAACAGCAUUUCUUUCCUGCCCUUCUCAAAUAUUCUGCUAACCUGCUCGGCAGACAAGACCCUCUCUCUUUGGGAUGCCCGCGCUGGAUUGUGUGCCCAAACUUACUACGGCCACAAGCAUUCAUGCAACCACGCAGCCUUCAAUGCCACCGGUGACACAAUUGCUUCGUGCGACUCUUUUGGGGUGGUCAAAUUAUGGGAUGUGAGGAAUGUGUCAGCAAUGGUGUCCAUAGACACCGGGCCUCAUCCCAGCAAUCAAGUGGUCUUCAGUCCUAAUGGAAGAAUGCUAGCAGUGGCGAGUAACGAUGGCUCUGUGAAAACCGUAGAAGUGGCAUCUUUACAUAUGUCUAGUCUAAUAGCUCACGAGGACGCCGUUCAGAGUGUCGUUUUUGACCAUAAAGGGGAAUACAUACUAUCUGCAGGCUCUGAUGGUGCAAUUCACAUCUGGUCAUAACAAAACAUAUUUACAAUGGUUGAGAAAUGGUCAAAAUGAAAAUACAUUCUAAUCCUUAAAUAUGCAUGCCUAUUUGUUUAUAAAACAACGUUUCCUGCACACAAUGGACAAGCUUCUAAUUUCGGAAAGAAUGUUAUUAUAAGCUUUAAAUUAAAUAGCUAUUUAAAGCAAAAAGUGCAUUGCAAGAAUAUUUUCCAAAAAUAUUUAAUUUGUUAUUUAAUAAAAUGUCAUUUUCUUGUGCUUUGGCACUUUACACUGACAGGCAUAAGGGAUUAUUUACUUUUCGGAACAUGUUCUUAUUCAAUUUGCAUGUCUACACACGUUAUAACUUGCUCUCAGUCUGUAAUGACAUAUUUUCCUCUUUUAUAUUGUUUUCAAUGUUUUAAAUCAAUCAGUUAAUACAAUGUAAAACUCAUAUAGCAAAUAAAAAUCUGAUGCAACUAUUCAACUUGUUAGCUUAGACUUUUCUUCUUCUUUUUUUUAAGAUAAACUUUAACUGCAUGAUUAAAAAUGCAUAGGGCUGGAAACCAGUUAAAUUGGAACUCAAGUUAAAUUUAUUUACAUUUUUCAUUUCCCACCUUUAUUUCCUAAAUUAUUGUAAAUGUUUUUUUUUACCUUUAAUAUGCUAUCAAUGCAUUUUGUAAACAUUGUGUGAGUUACACAUUAAAAUCUGCAUAUCGAAUGAGAAAA